AGAGAGAAAAGGCAGUGAAUCAGCAUGAUCAACAUUUCUCUAGACAUGCAGACCGUGUUGGCGGGAGUUGGCAUGGGUCUUCUGGUGUAUUACGUCAUCAAACGAAUGCGAUAUCGUCUGCCACCGGGACCGUGGUGCAUACCACUUAUUGGACAUUACAAAGUUUAUUCCUCUGUUGCAAAGCAUAGGAAAAUUGCUGAGCUUUCCAAGGUAUAUGGUCCAGUGGUACGCUUGUCUUUUGGUCCAGUACCCAUGGUGUUCCUGAAUGAUGUUGAAGUUGUUUUAGAAGCCAUGGUAAAAAAGAAGGCAGAUUUUUCUGGACGACCUCAUUCCCCAUCAGGUGACAUGUUUAGUGGAGGAGGCAAGGGCAUAUUUCUAAGUACGUACUCACCCACGUGGAGAUAUCACAGAAAGAUAGCAGGCAAAGCUAUUAGGCAUUAUUUACAAGGUGAUUUACUUGAGAACAUGAUACAAAACAACAUGAACAAAUUCUUGGAUAAAAUGGCAGAAGAGAAAGAUCCGUUCAUCAUUAGAAAUCAUUUGGAUCUGAUGAUUUUCCACCAACUAUACACUAUUUGUUUUGGAGAGAAGCCAGCCAUCAAUGACCCGGAAGUUAAAACACUUCUGGAAUUAAAUGAAGCGUUGUUUACGGAUUUUGGAGCAGGAGUAUUAGAGGAUGUAGUUCCAUAUCUCAAAGAUGUCUACACUACAGCUAAGUGGAAGAAGCUAUCCAGCAAUACAGACCAACUUUUGGAUAUAAUUCGAGCUAAAUUCAAGCAACACGUGGAUACUUUCGAACCAGGUAUAAAUAGAGACUUCAUCGAUAGCUUACUGAUCGCCAGACAGGAAGCAGAAAAAGAGGGGGAUGAAGCGGCCCUGGAAAUAUUGGACGAUACACGCUUAGUUCUGACAAUAUCGGAUAUAUUUUUUGCUGGAGUAGACACUACCAGAUUUACCAUGGACUGGUUUGUAUACUUUAUGACCAAGCAUCCGGAAAUCCAGUCCAAAUGCCAGGAGGAAAUUGACAGAGUUGUUGGCUCGGAGUGUCCCUCGAUGAAACAUCGUGAUACCCUACAUUUUACAGAGGCAUGCAUGUUUGAGACGAUGAGGCUGGGGAAUUUUAUAGUAAUGGGUUUCCCACACAUGACUAUUUGUAAUUCCCAAGUGGGUGGAUACGACAUUCCUAAAGGCACCACCGUCUUCAUAAAUUUCUGGGCGCUACACCACGACCCUAAAUACUGGAGGGAACCAGAGAAAUUUGAUCCUUAUCGAUACCUUGACGAAAAUGGCAAAUCGAAAACAACAAAACCAGACAGUUGGCUUCCCUUCUCGGCAGGCAGCCGAGUUUGCUUGGGAGAAACUGUCGCCAAACCGGAAAUACUGCUGAUGUGUGCAAAUCUAUUGCAACGGUUUGAUAUUCGUCUUCCAGACGGUGUCAAACCAAACCCUGAAAUCAAAAUUACCGGUUUUGGAAUAGAAUUGCCCUCCGAUUACAAAAUUGUAGUGAAGGAGAGAAUUUAAGUCUUCCAGAUAAACUAUUGUAUUAUAUCAGUGAUAGACUAAAACAACCACAACAGUUAUACCAACAUUCCCUAAUAAUUGGCUUCGGCUUUUAAAAAAAAACAGUGCCAGAAAACGAAACGGUUAUAAUACUUUGAUAAUUCAUUACAAUCAGAUUUACCCCUGAUACGUUAGGGGCUACAAGGAAGUCUGAUCGGUCAACAGGAGAUGCUUACUCCUCCAAGUCACCUGAUUCCACCUCUGGUAUAUCCAGAGAUCUGUGUUUGCCCAACUCUCUAUUUUGUAUUGCUUAUACGAGUUAUGAGAUUGGUCACUGUUGGUUAUCUUCACCUUUCAUAGUAUACGUUUCCCCAGCUAUUAAAGCGUAAUGUAAAUAUUGUUAACAUUCGUUUAUCCUAAUAUACCUGUAAUGUAAGGUGAAGAUAACGAACAGUGAUCAAUCUCAUAACUCCUAUAAGCAAUACAAAAUAGAAAGUUGGGCAAACACGGACCCCUGGACACACCAGAGGUGGGAUCAGGUGCCUAGGAGGAGUACUCAGACCCAACUACUAUUACAUAAAUCAGCAUGUUAAUUACAUAAUUUCAUAUACCAAUGUAAUGCUGUAUGCCAAUGAUAAUUACUGAAGUCAGCAUAUGAAAUACAUGUAUAUCAAUUUAAGCACAUGACAAUGUUAUUAAGGUAACUCCAUACUCAAGAGUUUCAUCUGAUACAAGAUUUAAAAGUGUAUUUAUUUCCAUUUAUCAGAGUUAAAACUGAUAAAUUAUUAAAUAAAAUAUAUAGGUCAUCACACUUUUCAAGAUGCAAGACAUACAUAUCACCGUCAAAAAAUUGCAAUUUUCCUUAAGGAAAGGCCGUACUUUUACGUAUCCGGUUUUAAAUUUUGACUACCGACUAGAAAGUGCCGGUUAUAACUUGUCUUUCUUUGUCUGAUGUUUGUAGUUUACGAGAACUGUAUGAGUCAAAUUUAGCAUUCAAAUGUGAAUCUUCAGAUAUAUUGACCAUACAUUAUUAUAGUGUCAAGUCCUCAUUAGCUCCAAUUGUACAAAACAAUGUAAUAUCUACACUGAUUUCUAAAAGGCUCAUAGCUUGCAAUCUAAGCCUAAACAAGUUAAAACUCAUAUAUAGGUGUGACCCUCACAUUGGGAUUCAACUGUUUUAGUGAGUUUGUGUUUGGUUCAAAGAAACCCAGAAUUACAAAGUCAGCAAAGUAGUUGAAUAUUUGAACUCUUCUUUAUAAGAACUUUCAAGGAACAAAAUUAUUUGUACAUGAGCUGUAAUUACUAGAAUCUACAUGUAUGUUACACUACAUUUAUUUUUUCUAUAGGUAUGAGAUAGCAUGUAUGUAUUUUUAUGUAUGAUAUGAUUGAUAGCAAAUAAAAAAAGAGAGAAAAUAACACACACAAAAAAA